AUGUGGCGUAAUAUUGUAAUAUCAUUCGAAAGAGUUCUGGUAUUAAAGCCACCCAUUAAACCACAACCAUAUAACUGGAAUAACUACAUAACCAAAGCUGCCACCGGCCAGCAGCAACAACAACACCACCGUUCACUAUGUUCCUCCUUGGUACAUUAUAAAACCGAAACCCAACCCAGCAGUUCUGUUGAAGGUGAUCCCGAAUAUAUUGUCCCCUAUAAACCGGAAUAUGAGAGGGCACAAUCAUCACAGGCUUUAAUUGAGGCAUUGCGUACACGUUUCCGCCUUAGUGACAAGGAAAUGCAACAGAUUAUGGAAGAUCCGCUGGUUGCAAAACAUUAUCGGAAAAAGUCGUUGCUGUUGACAUUGGACUUGCUGAUGGCUGAGGGUGUUACUAGGAAGCAAUUCGUGGAAUAUCCAUGGAUUAUCACUUUGGAAAAGGGAAGUUUAACUGAAAAAAUAUCCCUACUCAAAUCCCUGCGAGGCUUUCGAGACAUCAACGAUUUUGUCCCGUUCUUACGGCUGCAUUUACCACGUCUGCGUCGUUUGGUUGGCAGUAUGAAUCAAGAAGCUGAUCAUAUCGCAUUUGGAAGUCGUAUUUAUUAUAUUGCCGAUAAAUUAAAGGCUCCCGUUAGCUUGGUAAAUAAAUAUUUGGCCAAACGGUUAUUUGUCCUGGAAAUGCCAUUGGAAAUGUUUAAAACCAAUUUGGAACUGAUGCUUAAAUACAAUGUAGAAUCACAUAAUAUACUCAAAGAUCUGUGGGCAUUUCGUUAUGCACCACGUUCUGUGGAAAUGCGACUGAAGCGGGCCAUAUCCGCCAAAAAGGAUAAAAUUAUGCCAUGGAUGGUACGGUGUCCCGAAUCGAUAUUGCAAAAAUCCCUCCAAAUUUCCCUAGACGACCUGGAGAUACUUGGCGAUCGCACCCCUGCUGAAUAUGUUGGCGAUCGUUUAGGUUUCACGGCGGAACAAGCUAUGUGCAUUAUGAACAAACAUCCACAGGUGAAAUCAGUUCGUAUGACCAAAAUCAAAGAGGUCCUAGAUUAUUUACUAAAUGAAGCGAAAUUUACCCGACAUGAAAUUGCACAAGUUCCACGUAUCCUAUGUCAUAGCUUGGAAACGACAAAACAACGUAUGGAAGAAUUAAAACAAUAUGGUUGUCGACCUUCCAGUUUGGUGAUACUCUGUAAAAGUAAACGGGAAUAUAGUAAAUUUCUGAAUGCCUGGAUCGAUCAAUAUAAUCCGAAUAAAAAUCGUCAGGAGGGAAGUGAAACGAAGACAGAUGAUAGUAGCCAAAGCUAA